CUACAAAAGAGGACUGAGAGUGGUGAGGGAGAGAGGAAGAGAGAGAGAAAGAGAGAGAAAGAGAGAGAGAGAGAGAGAGAGAGAGAGAGAGAGAGAGGACUUCGUAAAGAGAUAAGGAUCUCUUACGGGUCCAUGGCGAGAAGAGAAGAGAAGAAGAGAAGAUGGAAUCGCCGCUGCCACCGCCACCACCGCCGCCACCACUGCCGCUACCGCAGCUGCUUUUUUCCAUUGACUCGGUCAGUCAGUCAGUCAGUCGGCGACUGCGAUGCGAUUCGACACGUUCGAUUUUGGAGUAUCGCGAAAUGUCCACUCGUAUCAGCAUCCAACGUAUACGUGUAUACGUCGUAUCAUCGAUAAUAUUCUAAUACCGAUCGAACAAGGAGCGUGAAAGAUCAGUUUUUUAUCAGAGCUUUCAUUGGAAAAUACGAGAUUGGUCUUGAAAGAAAACAAAAAAAAAAAGAAAAGAAAGAAAGAAAGAAAGAAGGAUAGUUCGUUCAGAAGAUUAAAGGGUAUUUCACGAAAGAUCACUAUUAUCUAACAAGAUUAUCUUAUUGAAGUGGCGACCGGUCCCACGCCCGUGAAAAGCCCAUUUCACGCGGCGAAUCAAGGCGCGCGCGCGCGCGCUCUCUCAAGUGCGCGACGCGACGCGACGCGACGGUGGCAACGACGACCGUCAUCGUCAUCGUCAUCAUCGUCGUCAUCGUUAUCGUCAUUAUCGUCAUCAUUAUUAUCGUUAUCACGACAACAACGACGACGACGACGACGACGACAACGAUAACGAUAACAACAACGAUAAUUACGACGACGGCGACAAGAACGACGACGACGAGGAAUAUAAAAAAGGACAAAAAAAAGGAGUCGGUGGUGAGAGAAAGAAAGAAGAGAAAAGGAGAAAGCACGCUCGCGUGCGUACGUCAUCGUACGUGCGUGCGUGCGCGCGUGGGCUGAGAGAUUGGUAGAAAGUGGUGGGGAGAAUAGAAUAAGGGCGGGGGUGGAGAGAUUUUAGGAAAGGCGCGUAACACCUGACGGAAAAAGCGCUUAGAGCCUUUCAUAAAUGAUUAUGCGGUGGGCGACAGCCGCCCUUACCUUGGCGGUGAUCGCUUUAUUUAUUUUCGACACUACUAUGGCCAGGCAUCAUCACCAUCAUCGUUCUGGUAAUGGUCAUAAACCGUCCAGUGAUAUAUCGCUUUGGAUCGACCAACAGCAAAUCAAAAUGUUCAGCGGUGUUGAAAUGGAGAUCUAUGUUAUUUCGGAGGGCAUUGUUUUAUCAUAUCUUUUGGAUCCAGAAUUUGAAAAUAAGCUGCCGAUUAUUCCUAGCGAAGUAUCGUACGUAAACUUUACAUGGAAAUCUGGUGUAAAAAAAUAUUAUUAUAACUUUUAUCGACUGAAAUCUUUUGAUGAAUCAAUUCUCAAAACUCCAUCGAUCACGAUUAAAACCCAAGGACGAGUACCGAAAAGAGCAAAGGAAUUUAGCGUUUUAUUACCUUGUACUGGAAAUAAUUCAGGAGUAGCACAAUUUGGAAUUGGUUUAAUGAUUGAAACGCGGAAAGGUAAACCAUUGAACGGAACACCGCUUCAUCUUAGUUUAAGAAAAGAAUGCAACUUACGCGAACCAAAUCCUGGGCCUUGCCCCGACGGUUAUUUGGGUCCACCUCAUUGUAAAAAAGCACUCUGCUAUCCAAAUUGUAUGAAUGGUGGCAACUGUACUGCUCCCGGCGUAUGUUCGUGCCCUCCUGGAUUUCAAGGACCUUACUGCGAAGGGGGUAUUUGUUCAGAAAAAUGUUUAAAUGGUGGAAAAUGUGUACAAAAAGAUACUUGCGAAUGUCCCAAAGGUUACUUUGGUUUACAUUGCGAAUUUUCAAAAUGUGUUAUUCCUUGUCUGAAUGGAGGUAAAUGUAAAGGAAAUAAUAUAUGUCGAUGUCCUGCUGGCUUUAAAGGCGAUCACUGUGAAAUAGGUAGACGUUCGCCGCAACGAUCACCUUGCACAAGAGCUUGCAGAAAUGGAACUUGUCAACCUGAUAAUACGUGCCUUUGUGAUCCCGGAUGGUUUGGAAAAUUAUGUAACAAAAAUAAGCCUUGGGCUUAAAAAUGAAACAUACUUCUGGACAGUGGUAUUAUCUUUAUAACUAGUUGGAUUAACAAAACUAUUGACAUUUAUCCGAAAAUAUUGAGAAAAAAAAAUAUAGGUUUCAUAUCCUUUAGAAAAAUAUGAAACAUUUAAAGAAACAUCUAAAAUAUGCAUAAAAUUAAUAAUCCAAUUAGUUAAUGCCACAAAAAAAAAAUAUCAAUGUGUUUAGUUUGUAAUUCAUCCCACCCGAGAUGUGAUAUAUAAAAUUGCUUUACAGCAAUUUAAGCUAUUAAUUAUUAUUUUAAUAAUAUACUUUUAUAUUGUUACAUUUGUAGUUGUGACUGUGUAAAAAGGAAUACAACUCGUUUUUUCCACCUUUUAAUGCGCACAUUACAUGUUUCUUUCAAAAAAUAUCACCAAAAGAUUACUCAAUCACAAAACAAAACCAACAACAUGCACCAUUAAGAAAAAAAGAAAUUGAUACGUUAUAAAUAUUGAACGGGCAUCACGCAAUAAUACAAAGUCGAGUAUUUAAAUAAAAACAAACUUAAACAAUGACGCAUCUUUUGAUGCACACACACUUUGAUUGACAUCUCGAUCAAAAAAAAACCUUAGAUUUUACAACAUGAUGUCGAUA